UGCCUUUGUUCCCUCCUCGAGUACGACCCAAUUUUUCCACUUAACAGCCUUAAUCAUGUCGCUCAAACGCAAGGCAGCAGACAUUGUUGCCGCUGAAGCCAAAAAGCCUAAAGCGAACAGCUCUAUUACCAGUUUCUUUGGACCUCCCAAGACCAAUUCAUCAACGUCAUCAACGAACCCGUCCAAAGGGCCAACCGAACCAGCUCCUGCUCUGAAGUUCGACAAGGAAAAAUGGGUCGCUGGCCUGACCGAUGAACAAAAAGCAUUGCUCAAGCUCGAAAUUGAGACACUACACGAGAGCUGGCUCGCCGUCCUAAAAGAUGAGAUCACAAGCAAGUCCUUCAUUGAAUUGAAGAAAUUCCUCAAGAGCGAAGCCGAAGCUGGGAAGAAGAUCUUCCCGCCAUCAGAAGACGUCUACAGCUGGUCGCGACACACGCCGCUCAGCACAGUCAAGGCCGUCAUCCUGGGCCAGGACCCGUAUCAUAACCUCAACCAAGCGCAUGGUCUCUGCUUCUCUGUCAGACCACCGACUCCUGCUCCUCCUUCGCUUCAGAACAUCUACAAAGCGUUGAAAAAAGAAUACCCGACCUUCGAGCCUCCGCCGAACAAGGGAGGUUUACUUACACCAUGGGCUGACCGUGGUGUCCUGCUGCUAAAUACUUGCCUGACUGUUCGUGCCCACGAGGCUAACUCUCAUGCGGGCAAGGGAUGGGAAAAAUUCACACAAAAGGUUAUCGACCUUGUCUGUCAGAAGCGUACCCACGGUGUGGUCUUCCUGGCUUGGGGUUCUCCUGCACAAAAGCGUUGUGCAGGUAUUAAUGGCUCUAAGCACUAUGUGCUCAAAAGUGUCCACCCUAGCCCUCUCAGCGCUCACAAAGGCUUCUUCGACUGUGGCCACUUCACCAAAGCGAAUGAGUGGCUCAAGGAGAGAUAUGGCGAUGAUGGUGUGAUCGACUGGAACCUGAAUGUUGCUCCUGAAGACGCUGGCGUCUAAAAGGACGCUGAAUAUAUGCAUGAUGACUGUGAUAAUUACAUACAAAUCAAAAAUGAAGUAUAGCAAGACU